GUAGAAUAUAUUCGUAAAUUUCAUUCAGGCGUACCAAAACAUAGGAACCUCCCUACCGGAAAAAAAUCACUGUUUUUCCAGUUAUUACUUUUGAAUAACAUUAGACAAACUGUAUGUUUUAUGUUUGUGGAUAUCAAUAAUUAAACAAAAUGCUGCCAGGGAUUAUGGUGAAGUCAUUGCUGCUGGUUUUGUCAGUCACAGGGCUUAUGAGUUACGUUGUAUACAUAGGAUGUCUUGAUGGUGCUACAGCAGAGAUAGGAGUUCAGCAUUAUGCUGAGAGAGUCCAUAUUUCAAUGAAAGGAUUCUUACCCAGGUGGAUUAAGAUGCCGUUUAAUUCCGUAGUUAAUUUAGGCUAUGUGUUUGUCGGAGCGGCUUGGUGCGCAGCCACUACCAUUGCACUGACAGAAAACACAAUACGUAAAUCUGACGCUCUUUUAUUCUAUAUCUUCAAUGUCGCAGCUUGUUGCUAUGGACCCAUUCAGACAUUAAGAAUUGUGACCCAGCUGAAGGGAUUUGCCAUUCUUGACCAGUGGUAUACUCUGCCAUUCUUCAUGCUGGUAUUCCUAUGGGGGAUGAAUACAGUUAGCAGAUGGAGCACAGUUUGGAACGUAACAUUUAUAGCUGCUUCGAUUGGAAGUUAUUUUCUAUCUCUGUACGAUAAACACGGAUUUGAAAUCAGCCUUGGUGUACACAUAUGUUUUGCAAUUGGCGGGGCUGUCCUUGCUUGGAAGAAAGUUCCACAGGCUAAAUGUAGAAACUCCUUCAUUGGUGCUUUGCUCAGCUGUGCAGGAUUUGUAGUGUUAAAGUUACUUGAUCUUGAGCUUGUAAAAUAUCAUGAAAUUUUUAAAUACAUUUCCGGUCAUUUGAUUUCAAAACUGUGUGAUAUCGGACAGGUGCAUUUUGUGAAUAUGUUUUGCUUUACUGUAAGUACUGCUUUACACGCUGAUAGCAAAAAGAAAGAGAAAUAGCAAGGGAACAUUAAACAAGUUUGAGUUUUAUAUCUAUUCUUAUUUAGCUAGAGUGGGAAGUCUAAUUUUGAACAAAUUUUUAGUAUAGGUUAAAGUUUAUUAGUAUGUAUUUACAAAAUUAAAUUGGUCAGAUGAGGUGUAACCGUGCAACCAAUAUAAUUUUGUAAACAUGUACUAAUAAAUUUUAACCAGCUUAGUGUUUAAAAUUAUUUUUAUAAAUAGUCGAUUUACUAGACUGAUUAACAGUUUGCAGAUUUACCAAAGUAAAUAUGUUACAAUUCAUUUGAAAUAAUGCAAUCCUACAAGACAUAAAAAAAUUUCAAACAAUUAUUUACUUGUGCAUACCAUUAAUUUAAAUGAAUAAAUGAUCAAGUCAUUAUGCUCAUUACUAGAAACAGUGUAAUUAGUUCUUACAAGCUAUUUCUAUCACUGGGAUCAGGGGAUGUUAUACAAGCAAGCUUGUGAAUAUGAGUGCUUGCCUAUAGAAACAUUUAUUUUGGGUUGAAGCAGUCCUAGGUUAGUGGUAUUGGCUGUAUUGCAUUGUGCUCAAUACCCUAAUUUUCCAGGUUUUAACUGUAUCACAGGGGUCCAAACUCAUUAUUUUAAGUUUUUAACGGCACCAAGGUUGACUCUCCAACAUUUUUGCAUGUUGUAGUGUACAAAAAAAAAAAAUGCAAAAUAUACAUUGUGUUAUCUCUGCACAGUAGAAAUUUAUUUUGAAUACACCAGAAAUCUUUGUCAUUAUGUCCCCCUUCUGGUAUUUUUACUGAAAUGUAAUUUAAACAUUUCAAUGUUAUUGAGAAAUAAGGCAGAAUAAAUAUUCAACACUAACAAAGAUGAUUGCAUGUAUAGUUACAUAAUUGAUUUAUAAUAUAAAAACAUUAAGAACUGUUUUUAAACUACAAGUGGUGUUUCAAUUAACACAAUAAUAUAACAGAAUGCUUAUUUACAUGUAUAUAAGGAAAAUAAAAUGAUUAAAAAAAAGUAGUCAAUUAAAUUGUAAUGUUGAAUAAUGAAUAGCAUGAUUCAUGAACUGGGGGAUAUUUCCUUCCAUAUAUUGUUUUGCAGCAUGAUGUUGGUCAGUCUGUUGGUCAAUCCCACAUUAUUUAAAAUCAAUAAAUUAAGAUUGCCUGGGCCUAUUACCCUAAAACUUCAUAGGUGUAUUGGGUCUGGCCUGAGUAGAUGACCCCCUUUGAUGUUGGGAUCACAUUUUAUGUAUAUAUAUUCUUGAAGGAUUUUUUGCACAAAAUGUUUUACAACAUAAAUGUUUUGAAGUGUUUUUGUAUGACUUUUUAUAUAUUAUGAAUAAAAAAGAUACAUUAUUAAAAUGA